AUGGAGCUCCCACCGGAAACGUUCACUCUGCGAGAACUCGUUCAGAUGUUCUCGAAAGCGGAAGAGGAAGGCACGAACGUCGCUUCUGAUGUGAGUUCCGGGUUUAAUAAAAUCGGUCUGAGUUCGAAACAGUUGGAAAAAAUUUGCACAAAACUCACGGAAAAAGAGUUGACGGAUCCAACGUCCAUCGGGAAGAGGCAAACGAGACUGAACGAGGUCGCGAGAUUAUGCGAGGACGAUGAAAUUACCGCGGAUAAGGUGAAACGAGUGAUAUUAGCGCACGCGACGACGAAGUUGAUGUUUGGGAAGAUUCGGAAAGCAGUUCUAGAGAAAGGCGCGAGCUUACCCAAAUCCGUCGCGGACUUUGAGAACAUCGUGCGAGAUUUACAAAAAAGCGGAGACAUGAAACUAGAGGCUAGGAAUUUGAAAGGCGCGUAUUCGAAUAACGCGCCGUGUCCGUGUAACAGUGGGAAACGGUUUAAAAGAUGUUGCGGAUCUUAG